AUGGACUCAUCACACGGGGGCACUCCUCUGCCAGAAGAGGCGAGCAAGUUUCCAGAGGGGCUUGUUCUCCCACCAAAAGAUAUCCGAGCAAUUGUCGAAAAGACUGCGGGCUAUGUUGCUCGCAACGGCGCAGUGUUUGAGGACCGCGUCCGUGACAAAGAAAAGAACAAUCCCAAAUUCUCGUUCCUCAAUACAGGUGAUGCAUACGAACCUUUCUACCAGUGGCGACUCAAUGAGAUCAAGGAAGGUCGAGGCAGCGCGCUUACAGCAGGACGCCCUGGUGAGCCUGUUGCUGCUGUUGAGCCCGAAAAGUCAAAAGGACCUCCGGAGCCACCCGCGUUCCAUUUCUCUGCGCGCAUGCCGCCCAUCAGCGCGCAAGAUCUAGAAGUGGUGAAACUUACGGCACUUUAUGUCGCAAAACGCGGAAAGUCCUUCAUGACCGCGCUAUCGCAGCGCGAGGCGCGAAACUUUCAAUUUGACUUUCUGCGACCUCAACACAGUCUUUACCAAUUUUUCACACGACUGGUCGACCAGUACACCAUUCUCUUGCGCCCGGAAGGGAUUGACGAGGCCACUACGCAGGAGCGGCGGAUCUCGAAUUUGGAACACAAUGUGCAGAACAAAUUCCACAUAAUCGAGCGGGCAAAGCAACGGGCGGAGUGGGUGAAAUUCCAAGAGCAACAGAAACAACAGAAGGAGGAAGAGGAAGAAAAGGAGAGAAUUGAGUAUGCGCAGAUUGACUGGCAUGACUUUGUCGUGGUCGAGACAGUAUUGUUCACUGAAAGCGACGAUCAGGCGGAAUUGCCACCUCCAACUUCGCUCAACGAUCUGCAAUCUGCGUCCUUGGAGCAGAAAGCAGCCAUGUCCCUUAACCCAUUGAGAAUUGAGGAGGCUAUGCCAACCGACCUCGAUCAGCCAACCUACUAUAACGCCUACCCUGUCCAAGCUGAGCCUUCCGUCCCCGCUCCACAACCUUCGGUCUCGCCAUAUCCUGUUCAGGCUGCUUCUCCAUAUCCCCCGCCUGCGGGAGACACUGGCAGGCCAUAUCCUCCUCAGCCAGACAUGGUACAGGCCCGCACCGAAUCACCCACACCCGCGCCUGGCCAGCCUCCUAUGCGCAUUCGAUCAGACUAUGUCCCUCGAGCGCAGGCUCGGCGUCAACAAGCCUCCGGUCCCACCGCACUAUGCCCAAAUUGUCACCAGCAGAUUCCAGUCGCCGAAUUGGAGCAACAUAUGCGCAUCGAAUUGCUCGAUCCGCGCUGGAAGGAACAGCGUGCUAAGAACGAGUCCCGCAGUGCCACGACCAAUCUUUCCACUGCGGAUGUCGUGAACAAUCUUAAGAGAAUGGCUAGCCAUCGCAGUGAUGUAUUCGACCCCUCUCUAGCGCCAGAUCCUGAAGAGGAAGCGCGCCGAAAGCGCGUUGCCUUGGGAAAUGACCAGGACGGGAAUCUUCCACCAGGAGUGGCUCCGCCACCAGGCACGGCCAUCGGACCCGGGGGAUUGCCAAAGCCUCCGAACACCAAUAUCGAGGACCAAAUUCGGCACUUUCACCAGCUCGCGAGACGCUAG